UGAAAACAAAUCCUUCCCACUAAUAAUCAUACAAAUGGCCGCAUUUAAGAAAUUAUGAUGUAGACACCCUCUUUCAGGGAUGUUUUCAAACAGAUGUUUUUUUUUCCUGGUUUUGCCUGACUGCAGUUCCUCCAGGAAGUGUUCGAGCGGUGUGAGUGAAAGCCAUGCAGCCCCGCUGAGGCAGCCUCCGUGCGGCUGUUGCUGGGAGCUCCGGCCAAUCAAAGCCGCAGCUCUUCGGUGCAAGUAGUUUGGUGGCUGAGGAAGCAUGACAUCAUGCUCAUCUCCGUCCCUCUCCGCCACAAACUCCUGCUGAAACAUGGACCCGUCCCCGCAGCAGCAGCAGCAAUAGGAUAUGUGUCCCCCAGCGUGCAUGCACAGUGAGAUUUGACGCAGCUUUUUAGUGUUUACUCCGAGAGGAAUGGCGGUGGACGGCGCCGUGUCUGUGGAGUGGGACAACGGUGAUCGAGCCUUCACAGUGUAACUUGUGCAUUCUGAUGCGGAGCCUGAUGCUCGGCUGUCUUCAUGGAUCCAGAGAAGACGCUGACUUUCUGCCUUGGGCUGAAGGCUCAGGAGAUGACAAUGUCCCUGCAGGAGCUGGUUGCACCUGAAGCUGUAACGGUGCCUGUGCUGGAGAUUGACAGAAACACAGCUGACAAGGUGGUGGAGCAUCACGUUGGCUCUGGCAGGCAGCCUGUGGUCAGUCCCAAGUACUGUCCAGGAGCCAACAACAGUCCAGGUUACCGGUGUGAAACAGGACACUGCUGUGGAGAAACGGGCUGCUGUACCUAUUACUAUGAACUCUGGUGGUUUUGGCUGCUGUGGACGGUCCUGAUCCUCUUCAGCUGUUUCUGUGCUUACCGGCACCGCCGAGCCAAGCUGAGAAUCCAGCAGCAGCAAAGGCAAAGGGAAAUCAACCUAAUCGCUUAUAACGGAGCCUGUAACUACCCAUCUUCGAUGUUGGACCUCAGUUUCCUGACUUCCCUGAAGCUGCCCUCCUAUGAGGAGGUGGCUGCCCAGCCCAGCACGCCUCCUCCUCCUUACAGCUCCAUCUUCGCCCUCCAGGGAGGGACCACAGCGGGGCCCAGCUCUUCUUAUCCCCAUCACCACCACCACCGGCACCCCUGUCCUCCGUACCUGGGCCCCGGCACCAGUGGGCUGACCUCCUCCCAGAGCUCCGACAACUACACCAGCUGCUCCUGCGAGUCCUGCUCCCUCACCUCCCCGUCCAGCACCUCCUUCUCGGUCCAGGUGACCGACGAGACGUAUGACAGCAGCCAUGUGUCCACACCCAGCGAAGCUGGGGGCGACUACGCUGUCGUGCUGAGGUCAUCGCCUUCCCCGUCUCAAGUUCCCCCGGACGUGAUACCCGCCGCCACUCCUGACGUCAUACCCGUGCAGCGACGCUCCUCUGCUGGCAGCGACAGACUCUCGCCUCCUUGUCCUCCGCUUUCCCUCCCUUUACACUCACAACUCUCACAUCCCGCUCGCCUCCCUCUCUCCCCCCUCGUCCUGUUGUCUUCUGCUCCUCCCGGCCAAGUUCAUUUUGUCGUGCCCUCCGACCCACCGGGGGCUGUGGAGGAGGCCUCACCCUCACCUUAUGAUGCAACGCCCUCUCCUUCCAUAAAGGAUCUGCACUCGCCGAACACAAGUAAUAAAGAGGAGCCAAAACAAGACGGAGACGAAGAGGAGGAGGACGAAGAAGACGAGGAGGAUCACUUCAGUCACAGACGGCUCACGGGCGACUCUGGCAUCGAGGUGUGUCGCUGUCACGUGAGGAGAGGGGAAGACGAGCUGCAGAAAGGGCGCUUGGAUGAGGGGAAGGAGGAAGGAGCGGUGCAGGAAGUCGGCGGAGAUUCCCCCGGAUCAAAGCUCGGCGUGAAAUUGUCCGUGUUGGAUCCGUGCGAGGAGGUUCCCUCCUCUUCCGCUGUCGUCUACAAGGCCGACGAGGCCGUCAUCACCAUGGAGUCCUCCUAACCCGACAGCUCGCACGAGGUGGCUCGGUAGGCAGGAGUUGGAUGUUGAUGCUUUACAGCAUUUCUGUAGAUCAGGACGAGCAGGUGAAGAGUUGGGCAGGUGAAGAACUGUCUUGCAGAUCUUACUGUAAUAGCUGAGAGGAGCGUAGGUGUGACUGGGAUCUCUGAUCACUUUGCAAACAAGGCACUCCCAGAAAAACUUGAAACCGAAUAUUUAUAUUGGAUGAGAGAAAUGCCUGGGUUUACGACAAAAAUAAAUAAAUAAAUAAAAGUGAUUCAGUUAUCGUAGCUGAAACCACUUAGCAGCAGCAAUGGUUUUGCUGUUACCUGGCAUGCACUGCAUGCAAAACCCACAACAGAGGUACUCCGUCUCUCUUUCCUUUGUCUUUCAAUCUAUGAUACAGUGUUGCCCUUGCAGGGACACUUUGACAUGGAAACCCCACGUGUCCGGUUCUGGUUGGCUUUAGAGGCUCUUUAGGAGAAACGGGGAGUUUAAGAUGUGAAUAGUGAUUUAAAAAAAAAUAGAUUAAGUCUAUAGUAGUUAAGUUUUUUUAAGAAGGAUUUGACUAGAGAUUUGGACUUUUGUCUAGAGAUCCACCAAUCAGUUUGACAGUCUUCCCUUGAUCUACUUUGAUUAGUGAAAUCAAAUAAAGAAAAAAAUAUAUAUUUUUCCUGUUCUAACAACUCCCAACCUUUUUGGCCUGUAAGCUGCUUUUUGAAUUCUCUUGCAUACAGAUACAGCCACAGAUUAGGGUAUUAUAUUGUAAUUCUUUCAUUGUUUUUCUUGUAUUUUUAAGCUUCUACCUCUAUGAAGAACAUGAAGAUUGUUUUAUUCUAUGUUUAAUCGGCCGUGGCCGAUUCCGAAAUGUAGAUCUACGAUGACGUAGAAUCAGUCAAAAAUUGAAAUCGGAAAACUUUAAUUGGGUAUGUGCUAGAAAAAGCUGUAUCUUUAAUGUUUUUAUUUUUACAUUGUGAGCAGCUGUGCGCGAAGUCAGACAUUUGAAAUUCAGUUGUUUUUGGUCAUUGAACAACUUUCGACUGUUUUAGAUUUAAUACAGCAAAAAUACUAGGAUCCACUGCCUUACACACAUACCACUGUUCAUUUCAUGUAUUAAAGUACAAAGCACAUCGUUAAGCCUGUUAAAACACUAAGAAAAAUAUUAAGGUUGACUCUAGGCGUGAAUCAUCGAGGCCCGCUGCUUCAAAAUAAACCUGGAUAGUGAGUGCUACGUGUUCUUAACUUUCUUUCUACAAAGUUGGAUUGGCAAAUACUGAACACAGACGUGCUAAAAAUAAAAGGUUUCACCAGCAUGCAUCCCGUUUGCUUGUACAAGAAGCCAGAAAGCAGCUGUGUUUUAAAGCUUUCACAUCUUUACAGUGGUAUUAUUGUGGUUCCACUUUGUCGUUCCAGACUGUUAGGUGUGCAUACUGUAAUUACCAAGUGUUUAACUUUGGACUGAAAGUGUCUUGGCGUGUUUCCAGUGAACCGUUGCUCUUUUUGAAAGGCGACCUGAGCCUGUCUCCUCCAUGAAACCGACUGUUGAGUUUUUAUAACGCUAACAUUUUAAAAUCAACUUUUGUCAACUGAUGAUGAAUGUAGAAAGGUUAUGCAUUCUGACAAGCAAGCUGCACGGAGGGCUGCGUCGCGACAGACAACUGGGACUGGUUCUUUGUCUAUUUUGUAAUGUUGAAUAUUAGAACUGAACUGAAAUGAAAUGAUUUUUUUUUUCUAUUUCCUGACCUUUGCCUCAUUUGGUUGAUGUUUCUAAAGAUAAUGAGCUGAACACAGCACAUGAUUUCUACCUGUAAAGUAAAGCGUUUCCUCAUCUGCCUCACUGUUGCUAGGUAGACCAGUAUGUGGCUACGGAUUGGUCAUAAAAUUUGAAACAGAAUUUCAAGUUUGAUCUUGAACUUUGAAAAACUUUGAAAAAAUAAAAUUGAAAACCUACAUUUUGAAAGUGAGGAAAAAGAAAACUACACGUAAAAAGUUAAAACUCACAAUAUUAAAAGAAGCUACAUUUAAGCAGGAGGAAACUUCAAUUUUGAUUUAAAAUACUCGUUUUGUUUUGACAUUCAAGACUUUCUUCAUGUCUGUGCUUUUCAAACAGUUUCUUGAAACAUACAAAUAGUCUACCCCUGAUUUAUCGUCAGUACGGAUUGUUCGAGUUUGAGACAAGAAGUUGUUUCAAUUCAAUCUUUCUGUGUAUUUGUUCUGCUUUAAUGGAGUAAUUGACUUUGUAGUUCACUGACGAAAGGCCUCUUGACUGUGUCUACAUUGAAAAGCUGACUUGACUGUCGGUUAAAAUUUGAUCUUUUUUCAUGUAAAGCUUCAUGAGCUGAAAAGGGAUUUUUUUUUCAAACUGUGUACAAUGUGUGGUUUGUGACUGUUCGUCCUCUGGACUUGUAGAAGUGAUUUGAUCUUAGCUGAUCAAAGUAUUUUGUGCCUAUAGAUGAAUACAGAUACUCAAUGAGCCAUUCUGCAAUUUCUACAUGCUUUCAUUAGAUUGUGAUUAGCUCUACUUUGACAGAUGUUUUUUAAAGUGCUGAAAAUUUCUUUAUUUUGUGAGACUUAAAAAGAUGAACUGUAUUUAGCAAUAGUACUUGCACUUUUUCCUUUUUCUAUUCCAUGCUGAUUGAUAGGACAUAAACUGUUAUAAACAUUUACCUCUUAAAAAAAAAAAAAAAAGAGAGAUGUGUGAGCCAUGCUGGUUGGAGACUUUCUGUUCUUUGGCUUGAGGUUCCUCCCAAAUGCAAAGUGAGAUUAUGAGGUCUUACCUUUGAUUACCUUAUAUUUUUAUUUACAGGUCUAAACAGCAUUAAGUUUGAGAUAAAAUAAAAGCUAUUUAUAAAUAAAACCUAUUUAUCAGCAAUAUUAUGUAUGGCCUUCAAAACAAUGGUCAUCUUAUUAAAGAUGUGUAAAAAGCCUUUGGAAGAGAAACACCCGACUGCAUCACACUUUCUCUGCCGUCAAGAGUGGACAUAAGGACCUUUUUCACAUAUCCACCAUUUUUCAUGUCUUCAUGUCAAAGCACAAGGUUCCAUUUAAAAUGUCGGCAUAGUACACAUAUGGUGGCAGGACAGAAACUAUUUGUUCUCAAAUUCUUCUUCUUC